UGGAUAUUUUGCAGGUUGUCCUCAUCCUGUAGAAAAUAUCAAUGAUGGCGGCUGGCGCGGCUGCGGCCCUGUUAGAUGAAUUGAUGGGACGAGAUCGGAAUCUCGCCCCGUCAGAACAGAGAAGUGAGACACAUUGGAGUGAUCCCGAGGUAUGCAAGUAUUUUUUGUGUGGAUUUUGCCCACAUGAGCUGUUUGUCAACACCCGCGCAGAUUUGGGUCCCUGUGAUAAGAUUCAUGAUGAUCUUUUGCGCAAAGAAUAUGUGAAGAGUUCACGGUUUGAGAGGAUGGGUUAUGAGGAUGAUUUCAUGCGGUUCUUACAAGGUCUCAUAUCUGAUGUGGAGAAGCGAAUACGCAGAGGACAUAUGCGUCUUGCAUUGAACAGCACACAGGGAUCUCUUAAUGGUAACUUGCCUUCUCAGAAAGAAGAAAAAAUAACGAUGCUUACAGAGAAAAUUAAUGAACUUGUCAAUCAGGCUGAACAGCUGGGCUGUGAGGGGAAGGUGGAAGAGGCACAAGGGGUGAUGAAACUCUGUGAUCAGCUCAGAGAAGAAAGAAGACAGUUAGAAAAUAAUCCUAAUGCAGAGCUGCCUCAGCUCAAACAGAUGGAGGUGUGUGACACAUGUGGGGCAUUCCUCAUUGUGGGCGACAUGCCACAGCGCCUGGAUGAACAUCUGCUGGGGAAGCAGCACGCAGGAUACGCACAGGUCCGAGCCACGGUUGACAAGAUUAAGAAAAAAAUACAAGCAGACGUGGAUGAAAGAGAAGCCAAAGAAGCUAAACUGGCACAGGAACGAGAAGAAAGAGAAAAAGAGAGGGAAAAAGAAAGAGAAGAUAGACGUAAGAAAGAAAAAGAGAAAGAAGAUGAAAAAAAGAGGGAGAGGGAAAAGGAACGAGAAAAAAGGAGGAAACGUAGCAGAUCUCGUAGUAGACGAUCACGAAGUAGAGACAGGAGAUCACGUAGCCGUGACCGAAGGAGAAGCUCAAGUCGAGACAGAAAACGAAGAUCUCGCAGUCGUAGCCGACAUCGUACAGGUCUCGAAGUCGAGACCGUCAUAAGUCUAGCCGGCACCGGUCAAGAUCAAGAAGUAGAGGUCGCAGGUCAAGAAGCAGAGAUCGAAGAUCAAGGAGUAGAGGACGCAGAUCACGUAGCAGGGAUCGAAGGUCACGUAGCAGAGGAAAAAGUCGACGGUCACGAAGUAGAGAUAGACGUUCUCGCAGUAGAGACAAGAGCUCAAGGAAACGCUCAAGAAGCCGAGACAAAAACCGUAAGAGUAGAGAAAAAGGGAAGAAGAGUGAAGAGAAGGAUUACAACGGGAGGCAGUCCACAGAGAAAGACAAGGAGGAAGUGGGGGAGAAGGUAAUCGAAAAAGACACUAACACCAAGAUCAGUGAAACCAAAACACCGAGUGAAAAUGACAAGACAGAGGAGAUGCACAUGGAGCAGGAGACAAAAGCACCAGCAGCCAAUGAAUCAGAAGGUGACUCAAAAUAUGAUGCUUGAGGUACCUUGAAGACAUUACAGGUAAGUGAAAACAAUGACGGCACACCUUGCUGCUGUUAGUGUAAACGCCUUUCACUUUCCAGCUCAACAGGUGAGUGAACAUUUAACAUAACCUCUCCUUCUAUGGAGCCUGCUGAAAUUUGUACUGUUAAAGAGGAUCUUUUGAUUCAUUAGUAUGGAACUAUUUGAUAUUCUGUCAUUUGGGAAAAUACUGAAGAUGGUCAUUUUAGCAGGUUUCAUUUGAGGUGAUAUCUUGUGUGCAUAUGCCUUCACUUCAGAAACUGUAUUAUUUAUUUCUUACAUUAUCUAGUUUGAAUAUGCAUAUCGAAUGUGUGAGGCUGCUAACAUAAGAUUUUACCUCAAGAAUAAGACGGAGAGCUUGUGAAUGUAAAACACAAAAGAUAUUUUCUGGUUUGUAUGAAAUAUUUCCUAUUUUUUCUUCCUUCCAGUAAUGGUAGUGGUUGGAUGGCAUAAAGCAGGUAUCUCUGUUAUUUAAUAAAUUUUGACUAUGUUUGUAGGGCAAUGGUAUACAUAAUAUCCUGCUUUUCUUCCAACCAUUCUUUUCAUCAACCAGAAAAUAUUUGAUGUUGAUUUCUUUGAAAUCCAAUAUUUUUUAUGAAAAUAAAACUCACAAUCUCUUCAGUUAUUAAAAAUAUUCUAAAUUGGAAAGACUUUUUUUUAUCAAUUAAAUUUUAUUUCUAAUAAUGUAAGUUGUUGAAGUAUUUUGAAAUGUAAUUCGCAUGAAGUAGACAAAGUUUGCUUUAAUGGAACACCUAAGAUGGAGCACCUGCUACUCUUGUAGCAUCAACUAUGUAGUGUUAAUGCCUCUCUCGCCCCAAGUGAUGCCACUAGCAUAAGACGAUGUAGCGAGAGCCUGUCAGAUGAAGGAACCACAUCACCGCUGUUCAUUUCACAAUUACGGAAUAACAAAGUUAUAUCUCACCAGGUAUUUCAUGUGGUGACAGAUCAAUAUUUAGAGCAAUUUGCCUUUGAUAACAACUUGUGACACUUUGUGGUGGUUCUCAGAGCUAAAUUUGAAAAAAAGCAAAGUUGUUAUCAUAGGCAAUAAUGUCAAUGCAUGUUCCUGUUUUGAGUUGAAGUAUUGGGUAAUGCAUUCCACAUUUUGUAGUCACUGCUAUCAAUGUUUCACUCCGGGAAGGGGUCAUUUCAUAAUAUGGAGGUCGAGAAAGCAAGCAAACAGUUUUCUGUGCAGUGCCAAUAUUUAUAUUUUUUGCAAUAAAUCACAAUCAUGCUAAACUACAGAAAAAGGUUUCUAAUUAGAAUAAAAUUUAAUGUUUAUUCUACAGUAUUUUUUUCCUUUUGGCAGUGAAGUAAUUAAAGUAAUGUAUUAUUUCUUACCUUAAGACUCAAAACAUGUUUUGCCUUCACAGAUCUCUGUUCUAAGAAUAUUAUGUAUUUGGCCCAUUAAAAAUAGGCUUAAAAUGAUAAUUUAUCAUAGUACCCUUGAUCCAUUUCAAAUUUAGGAAUUCAAAAUUCUACAGCAAUAUGUGGCUAGGUUGACAUAAGGGAGCCUAAAAUACCAAGUAAUGUGUGACUGGUUUAAAUAUAAGGUUUCUGUUGCACUCAAGCCAAGAUGGGAGAAAUGAGGAGAGUCUGUGCUCAUCCUCCAUGAGAAUAGCCAUGGGACAUCGGAGCUGCGCUUUCAUCUCUCGUCUUAUUACGUUCAGAGAGGUGGGUCGUAUCUACACUGAUUGUACUCUAUCACAAGCUGUUAUUUAGGCAGUAGUAAACCCACAAACAGUUGUGAACCGGUUUUCAUUUUGUUGUUUUGUCUGGUUGUCUUUGCAGCUUGCUCCAAGGUGCCUGCGGAGGACAAAGUAUUUCCAGAAUUGCGGAACAACCGAAAACAGAAAGAUUGUACUGGUUACAUCUGUUUACAACUUAAAUUUGGAUUAUAUGUAAUUGGGAUUUCAAAGGUUAGAUCUUUUCUGUCGAUAAGUAGAUUGUCCUCGUCUCCAUAAUUCAUUUUAUUGCCAUUUUUUUCCACUGUAGAGAUUCAUUUCUUGUACAUUUUGUAAGUUUUUAAACUUAAAGCCCACCAUUGCAGGUUCUGGAUCAGGCUACUGCAUAAAGGAUAUAUUGUUUGCUGUCCAUAAAUAAAUUUGCUGAAGUAUGA